AUGGGAGACCCAAAUACGAGGAGAAAAGUUCAGCUAAGCAGACUGCGGGGCCAACUAAGAAAGAAACGUGAAGCUUUAGCUGACCAGUUUGAUUUUAAGAUGUACAUAAUUUUUACUUUUAAAGACAAGAAGAAGAGUCCCGCUAUAUUUGAAGCAGCAGAAGUAGUUCCAGUUAUGACAAAUAAUUACGAAGAUAGUAUACUUCAGGGAGUUAGAGAUGAAGCGUAUUCUCUAGAGAGUUCAAAAGAGCUAUUACAAAGGGAUGUGGUACAGUUACAUGCACCCAGAUAUCAAUCCAUGAGACGGGAUGUUAUGGGGUUUACAAAAGAAAUGGAUUUCUUUUUAUGGCCUAGAAAUGAUUUAGAAAAGAUGGAGUGUCGUUUAUUCUCCAAGUGGAAGGGAGAAGAGGAUCCUUACAAACCGAUGCUUGCCGAUUUCGAGUUUUUGACCCCAGACUAUGAGAAACAGUUGAUGAGACUGGUUAGUAGGAAAGAUAAAGCUGGGCUUAUCAUAAACAAUCCAUCACAGUCCAUGUUUUUAUUUAUUGAUAGGAAAUUUUCACAGACAACCAAAAGAACAGUUCUUGUCUUUAAAUUGUCCAGUAUUUGCCUUUAUCUAGCACAGGACCAACUAACACAUUGGGGACCGGGCACAAUGGAUGAAAUCAUGGAGCCGUACUUUGGGACAUUAUGA